GGCCACCCCAACAUUGUUCUCCGGACGAAAAUCUCGAAUAUUGAAGAUUUCCGAGAGAAUCUUCGAAAGAUGAUUACAGCAACGAUUCAGCAAAGGAAUGCACCAAGAGAGAAUGAUAUGGUUUCAAGGAUGGUAUCGGUUGGACUUGCUGCAUUUCGUGAUUUUGAAAGGCAUGGAAAACUGGAAACUCUGGAGCACGCAAUCUCAAAAUUCGAAGCUGCCAUUGAGAUGAAUAGAGACAAGGGAAAAACACUUACCAAGGUCGAUUGGGGGCACGGCCAACCAGAAAGAUGGAGUGAGGAGAGACGGGAGUGGUUGGGUCCAAGUUUGGCUGACCCGGAUACGCUUCCGCGUAUCUGGUGGUGUGCUACUGGACCAUUGGCAUUCCUCCCAAUACAUGCCGCGGGUGUAUAUGACGAUCAGUCCGUUGGUUCUCAUACUUGCGACUAUGUCAUAUCAUCAUAUACACCCACUCUAUCGUCUCUGCUCCAAUCAACUGAACCCGUCACCGAUUCACAAUUCAAACUGUUGUCGGUAAUUCAACCGUCGGCUCCUGGAGUAUCCUCUAUCCCGAAUACGAAGGAAGAGUUGGAAUGUAUCAAGAAACGCCUUGGUGACCGAGAUCAUAUCAUCCUCAAUGAUCAAGAAGGUACGAAAGAGCGGGUGAUGAAAGCAAUGAUGGACAGCAACUGGCUCCAUUGUGCGUGUCAUGGGUCGCAGAGACAGGAUGAACCGACAAAAAGCGGGCUUAUUCUCGAAGAUGGUCACCUGACGCUCGAAGAAAUCAUCAAACUCGAUCUUCCUAAUGCCGAGUUCGCAUUCUUAUCAGCUUGUCAGACGACGACUGGAGAAGAGUCGCUCUCAGACGAAGCAGUACACAUUGCAGGAGGAAUGCUACUCGCCGGAUAUCGGGGUGUCGUCGCUACCAUGUGGUCCAUUCAAGAUGAUCUAGCACCAGAAGUAGCGGACGAGUUCUAUCGGUACAUCAUGACGGAUCAAGUUCUCAUCGCCCGUGAAGAUACUCCAGUGAAUGAAGACUCGUGUCGGAACUUCUCAAAGGUUGACCUGUUGUUGGAGAUAAAUAGCCCAUUUUCAAUGAUAUCUUCUGUAAUAAAUGCGCCAACUGACUUGAACUCCUACCAUUCGAAACUCUUGAAACUCUCUCCAAAAUGUGGAACGGAUAUCCUGGAAAUCAACCUCAGCAGGGCUGGGGAUCUGCUCCUCCUCAAGGAGGGGGCUUUGCGUGCGUAUAUUCCUAGCCUCGAGGGGCGUGCUUGGUGGCAAAGAAUUGCGCUCUGUAGAGCUCCAGGGCAAUCUCCGUAUCCCCCGCAACAACAGGAGGCGCAGCCAGGAUUUUUUAACACCCCCCAAGGUGCACCUCCAUACGGGGGUAGCGGAUACCCAGGAUCAAACGCUUCUAGCCAUAAUGCCACUCCUGGAUAUCCAGGUGCUUCAGCUUCCAACGCCAGCUCCGGCACUUAUUCCUGGAACCCACGAAUGGGUCCACCGCCCAGUGGACCGCCACCCACGAACCACUAUAAUCAAUAUACUCCACCAUUUACGCACGCUGCACCCAGCCAUUAUUCCAAUAUGCCCCCUCCAAGUGUAAAUGGCUAUCAAGGUGCACCUGGUGGUAAUUGGGUGGGCGAUCAAAGUGGUGGAGCAUUCUAUAGUGCACCCAUGGGCGCUCCUCGUCAGUUCUCCCAAUAUGAUCAGUGGGGACACGGUCAGCAGUACCAAUACUCUCAAUGUACUGGGCGUAAGAAGGCGCUCUGUAUCGGCAUCAACUAUGCGGGAACAGAUGCCGCCUUACGAGGCUGCAUCAAUGACGCCAAGAAUAUGAAGCAAUUCCUUAUCAAGGAUAUUGUAAUGUUGUUGGAUGAUGCCACACAUCCUCGUCAAAUACCAACACGUGCAAAUAUUGUAAGAGAAAGUCAGACACUAGGUGACUUGGAUGGCGAUGAAGACGAUGGAUAUGACGAAGUCAUUUAUCCUGUCGACCAUGAAACUGCUGGGCAUUUGGUAGACGACGAUAUGCACGAUAUCAUG